CUUGAGGCGGCGGCGGCGGCGGCGGCAGCAGCAGCAGCGGCUCCCCUCUUCCUUCUCCCCUCCCCCUCAGCCGCACAGCCUACCGGGACACCGGCGCUCGCGCACACCCCUCCCUCUCUGCUCCCUCCUCUUCCUCCUGCGUUUUUCCUCAACAGCAACACAAGACGGAUUAUGGGAGUAGGAGGAAGGAGGCGUCGAUGGGGGAUACGCUCUACGCUAAGAACUCGGCGCGCCCGCUGAUAGGCCGGGCCCCUGCAUGUGACGGCCCGCGCGUGCGCCACCUUCCUCCCCUCCCUUCUCUCUCACACACAACAACAAAAAGCGAGACAGCUUUUCCCUCGCUUAACUGCAACCCUUAGUAGUAUAAGCUUUUAUUCUCUGCUCCUUCCUUCUCCCCCUGCACGUGACGGGGGAGAGACUGAGUGAGGCGUUAGUAGUAAUAGUAGCAACAGCAGCGGGCAGGAGCGGCGGCGUUUGUGGUCGAGAGUAGUGGCGGCGGCUGAGGCAGAGGCGGCCGGAGCGUUGUGAGGCAAGCCGAAGAGGUGGCGACGCCGGAAUAUGAAGAAACGUCUUUGGAAGGAGGUUUCUGGAGCACUGUUCACAUGCCACAGAUCUGGAUUCGUUCGGGUCUGAACGCUGGCAGAUUGGCAUAUGCUUCCCACAGAAGGCCAGAGCAAAUGUGUCCAGUGUUGUUUGCAUCAUGCCAGCCCCCAGCAUGGGAAGUGCUCUAAUGCCAGUUGAUAUAGUCCAGACUGACAUUUGUAUCCAAAGUCGCAAUGGAACCGAUUCUGUAAAAGUUGCUCUGUUAGAAAGCUCUUCCUUUCCUUCAUGCUCAACUUGAAGCAGUGUUGUGCUGCAUAAACAUUAAGGGCCCACAGGUUAACCUGUAAAAGUGUGGCUAUGGGAUGAUUCUUCACCUCUGGUGAAACCAGACAUCAUUGUAGUGGGUUUUUUAAGGUGGAGUCUAGCAUCAUUUUUGAUUUCUGCAUCUGACAUCCAUCUCUCUUGUGUGUGUUUUUCCAAUGGCGAUGCCCUCAUAUAUACACUUGUGCAGCCUUUGGCCUAGACUGACAGAAACCAUGCCAUGAGAACAACUCUACGUUGGUGUAGCCAUGACGGAACCCCACAGGGUCCAGCUCACUUCUCUGUCUGGCUCGCUGAGCACCACUUUACUGAAAAAGCCUCGCCGGGAGGACGUCACAGGAACAGAGCACCCCCAGGAAUCUGAACCUGCUGCUGCAGCGGCUCGCAUUGCCCUCACCCUUUUUGAGCCAGAUCACAAGCGCUGUCCAGAGUUCUUUUAUCCAGAACUGCUGAAGAACACUCGUGGGAAAGGGAAAAGCAGUUCCACAGGAGAAAAAAAAAAAGACCUUGCUGAUCCCUUCAAUGAUGAGGAAAAAGAGAGGCACAAAGCAGAGGCGCUUGUUAGGAAGCUGGAGGAGAAAUAUGGUGGAAAGAAGCGCAGGAAAGACCGCGUUCAGGAUUUGAUAGAUAUGGGAUAUGGAUACGACGAAUCAGAUUCCUUCAUUGAUAAUUCGGAAGCAGUGAGUAGCAACGGAGGGAGCUCUCCUUUAUGGCUCCCAACCAUAAAGCAGUACGAUGAGCUUGUUCCAGCAUCUCUAACAACCAAGUACGGAGGCUUUUACAUCAACUCUGGAACUCUACAGUUCCGGCAAGCUUCGGAGUCGGAGGAUGACUUUAUCAAAGAGAAAAAGAAGAAGUCUCCUAAGAAAAGGAAAUUAAAAGAAGGUGAGAAGAUGAAGAAGAAGAAGAAAGAUGAUUCUUAUGACAAAGAAAAAAAAUCUAAAAAAUCUAAGUUUUCCAAAACUGGUUUCACAGCCCUGAAUGCAAGCAAGGAGAAGAAGAAGAAGAAAUACUCGGGAUCCCCAAGUUACAAGGAAAUGUUGAAGAAAUUUCAAAAGGAAAAGGAAGCUCAGAAGAAGCGGGACGAUGAGCCGAAGCUGAUUGUCCCUUCCCUGGCAGAAACGCCAGCUCCCCGGGAAGUGGAGAGCAUGCCCGAUCCUCUGCUGUCCUUCUUCGGCCACAGCAGUGACAAUGAACUGCUUCAAGCAGCCUCAGCCAUGGACUCCCUGACUGACCUUGAUCUGGAGCAGCUUCUUAAUGACUCUCCAGAAGAAAGCCCUUUCCACGACGUGGAGGAUGGGAGCGACCCCCUUGGGAUGGGCCUGGAGCAGGACAUCAGGCAGCCCCUCUCCCUCCCUGAGGGACUUCCAGCAUCGCUGCAGAAGCGUAUUGAGGAACUGGCACAGGCUGCCAGGGCUGCUGAGGGUGAAGGGAAGCACAAGUUCUUCAACCAGGACGUGAAUAACAUCUUGCUGGAUAUUGAGCUGCAGACUCGGGAGUUGAAUAGCCAGAUCCGCUCAGGGGUGUAUGCUCAUCUGGCCUCCUUCCUGCCGUGCAACAAAGACACCCUGGUGAAGCGUGUCCGCCGGCUUUAUAUCUAUGAACAGGGGGGUCGGAUGAGGGAGCCUCUUCAGAAACUAAAGGAAGCCAUUGGCAGGGCGAUGCCAGAACAGAUGGCCAAAUACCAGGAAGAAUGUCAAGCGCACACCCAGGCCAAGUUUGCCAAGAUGCUGGAAGAGGAAAAGGACAAGGAUAAGGAUCAGAGAGAGCGGGUUUGCUCAGAUGACGAGGAAGACGACGACAAAGGAGGGAAGCGGAUCAUGGGACCCCGGAAGAAGUUUCUGUGGAACGACGAAAUCAGGGACUUGCUGUGCCAGGCGGUGAAAAUCAAACUGGAUGCCUACGACCUUGAGAAAAACAAAGCUCAGUCAACAGAGGAUUAUGUGAAGGCUUUCCUGGAUGCGGAAGUGAAGCCACUUUGGCCAAAGGGCUGGAUGCAGUCGAGGACGCUCUUCAAAGAGAGCAGGCGAGUGCACGGUCACCUUACAUCAAUUCCGACAAAGAAGAAAGUCAUGGCACCUCCAAAGGUGAAGGGAAAGGAGUCUUCCAGUAAGCUGGAUAAGAAGAUGCCCCUUUCUGUGCCAUUGGUCCACUCGAGUGGUGGAGUGUCGCUUUCGCCAGAGUCGCAGGGGGUUUCUGUUGGCCUCAGCCCUCAAACCAGGGACCUCUUGGCCAUGAGUUCAACUCCAGCCCCGAGCAGCUCAGCUGCUCCUCUCACCUUCAGCAUGGACGACUCUCUGGAUGAGGACUUGAUCCAUAAUGCCACCUCGUCUUUGGAAGCUGUCUCCAAGGAACUGGCCAUGCUCAACAGCCGAACCAGGGGCAGCCCCGACUUCACCCUUCCCGCUGCCCCAAAGGCACCUUCGGAGAAACCCCCAAUCCAGGCGGUGUUGGAGGAGAAGAGGAACUUCUCCAGGCCGAGCCCCUCACCUACCCCAUCUCCCGCCGGGGGCUCUCUGCAGUCUCCGCUCAAUUUCUUGGCUGAACAGGCCUUAGCCCUGGGCCAGUCCCCUCCAGACAAAAAAGCGGAGAGCUCCACUUACAGAGAACUCCCUUGCUCAGCCCCCCCUGCCAAGCUCCUGGACGCCCACCAGGCCAAGCCGAAGCAUCACAGCCUGCCACGCUCUCUUCACGGGCCCCAGACCUCAACCCCAGUGCAAACAGCCCAGGUGAAGGUGUUUCCCCUGGGGACUCAACAGCAGAAAAGCUUCCCUCCGUCUCCCCCCUUUGUCAAGCUGCAGAGUCCUAAGGGCGUGUCCCCAUUGCCUCAGCGGCCCAUCCUUCAGCAGCAGGUCAAGACCCCUGCCAAAACACCCAGUUUCCACUCUUCUUCCUCCUCCUCUUCUUCAGCCGUCUCCCCAGGGUCCAGCAGUGCCCACAAAAGCCCCGGUUCCUCUUCUCUGUCCCUGAGCUACCCAGGGAAGCACCCUGGCUCCUCUGGGCAGUCAUUCAAGUCUCCUUUUGUGGCCCUGUCCAGGCACAUGGCUUCCACCAGCACUUCCACGUCCAGCAUAUCCACAACCCAGAGCUCCUCAGCGGGGAAUCUGCUCCCUGGCACUCCUCUUCCUUCUUCCGGGCAGGCUCCCAGUCGCUCGUCGCCAAGUUCCAUGGUGAAGAAGAGUCUGGUUCCCCAAAAGCUGACCUUGGUUGCUCCGCCAGGGGGUCCUAAUGUCAGCUCGAGCGGAGGGACGCAAGGGGUGGCCAAGUUGCUGACCUCCUCCCUGAAACCCACCGUGGUGAGCAGCAGCACAUCCUCCACUCCUGUGCCGAAAGGAGCCAGUGGAGCUGUCCUACUUCCCAGUUCAUCUUCCUUGAAUGUCCUAUCUUCCUCCUACAAGCCCAGCACCCCGAAAUUGCCUCCUGCCCUGAGCUCCACCCAGCUGGGGAUUAUCUCUCCUCUUCACUCCUUCCCUCUUCACGUGAUUUCCUUCAGCUCUGACUCAUCCCCCAAGGCAGGGAUGUCGAAGGAUGCAAUUGUCACGGGACCAGCCCCAGGGACUUUCCAUCACGGCCUUGGCCACAAUACAUCUCAACUACACAGUAAAGGGUCCAACGUACAGCCACGGAAAUUGUGACAGCUCAAAAGUAGGGGACAUCGCAGGCUCUGGAUGAAACCUGCACAAUUAAGCGGUGGACACACAAGGUGCCCUCCCUCUGCUCUCGCUCUCUCUUGCUCGCUGUUCCUCCUAAAACAAGAGUAGAUCUGGAGGUUCUUCCCCAGUUUGGACCAGUAGCUUUCCAUGGGGAAUCUGUGCCUCAUGGUGAAAAUGGAAGCACUUAACAGGCACAGUUUCGGCAGCUGAUCUUGCUUCACGUAACUCCAGGCACCAGCGUGGAACAGGAGGUGGGAGAGAGAUGCAGGUGGAACUCUAGAAGCCAAGCCCUUCCUGUUAACAUACCUCUGAAUUCAGUCCCCUGCUCCUUAAUUCUGCGAUGGAUUAUGUGAAGGUGCUUGAAAACGUUCCUGCUUUGGGUGACUGUCCCAAGUUUUUUUUUCUUUCUCCCCCUCCCUCUUACGAUAGCUAUAAUAAAGCUGUGCUGAUGUUGACCAAGAAGACCAACCUUCCUUCAUCUGUGGCAGCUUUUGUAAAGUCAAUCAGCUUGUUGGUCUUCACAGAAGGACAGUCGAGACUUGAGAGGCCUCGAGAUGCACUCAUGAACAUUGAAUAUCUGGUCUGUUGUGUUUUGCUUCUCUGCCUUUUUUGGGGUGAGGUGUAGUCAGUUCUGCCCUCGUCCCCACCCUGCCAUUACCGCUAAAUGCAUCAAAUUGGACAAGACCCUUUCUACACCCCCCCCUGCAUGUCAUUGUGUAUUGCGAAGCCGUGAUUCCAGUGCCUUUUAUGGUGGAGCAAGAGUGCAAAACAUUUCAAGCUCUUUUGGUGUGGGCUCUCUCUCUUGAGCUUUUUUAAAUUUUGUGGUUACGUUGUUUUUUUUAAAAGAACUUAUCACUAUUUAAGAUAUGUUGGGCUUUAUUUAAUAAGAGCUUUUCCUGGGGUAACACACUAUUGCCCGGACUUAAGUUGGUGAGCUGGCUAAUGCCAGGCUGAUAUUUGAUCAGAGGUGUGGAGUGGGAGGCCUUUGAGUUUCCACAAUAGCAGGGACAAGGCACCUGGAGCCUGCCUAAUGGAAGUUGGACUACAUAGGCUAGGCUGGCUGGGGCUGAUGGGAGACUGGAGUCAAUCCACAUAUGGGAGGCCACAGAUUCUCCAGCCCUGACCUAAAGCUGUUGCCCCCAACUUGAAUUUUGAUAGGUGUUCUGCAAGCUAGUUGAGAUCAAGAGUUUAGUCUUUUGCUCUACUGGAGGAAAGAACUUCACAUGCUUAUGGUCCCAGAGAUGUGGGUGUGUGGAGCUAGCCCUCUGAGGUGGUGAGGCAGGAACCCUUGCCCAUCUGGGGAUGCUAUGUUGGCAUCGACACAAUCAUAGAGCCACUGGAUCUUGUUGACAGGGUAGUUCCUUUUUGGGAAACUUUCCUGUGCAAUCAAUAGAAAUUGGGCUAGACCCUCCUCAUUUCAAUACUUCCUCAAGAUAUUUUCCCAGGGGAUUCUGCUCGCUCUGAUCUCAGAAGCUCAGUGGCUAAGCUCUUUCGUGUGUGUGUGUCAAGGGAGCAGUGUACGUUCAUCAGGGUCACUGCCAUUGUAAUCUGCUUGAAAGCUAAAUUGGUUGUGCUUCAAAGUGUCGUAAAGACCCUCCUCUUAGAGCAAGUCCUCCUUGCUUUGAGGAAGUGUCUGGCAGCUGGAUUGGUCGGUGGGCUAAUUUGUGGCAGGACAUAGCGGUGAGGAGGCUGCAGGACUACCUGCGCCUUUCCCCUCUUCACUGAAUUUAUUGCUUUCCUAGCAUGCUGCUUGCCAUGGGGAGGAAAGGGGAAAGGAAAAGAUGGUCAGGAAGAGGAACAUGUACAGUCGUGCAUGUGCUUCAGUUAUCUCCCCCCCCCCCCCGGAGAGGCUUCCUAGAAUGAAGUCUCUUCUGUAAGAAGAAGAGCACAGGCCAGGUUGGGCCCUCGGGCUUCCAGUUGCCUGCCAGUUUGGUGCCUUGGGGCAGUCAUCUCUCAUGCACACAAACAAAAACUGGAAACUGCCAGCCUAAAUCAAGGGCUGCUUCUGUUUAUAAUAAGCAACACUGUCCCUCAAAGUGGUCUCUUCCUUCCAAAGCCCCACCUUUUCUGAUUCUUCUUUAGAAACAGAUAGCACUUGAUCCACAGAGCAGAGGAACCCAAGUUUUUAAACGAAUGAAUUGCAAUGACUUCUGUUUAGACUGUGACCUCCAAACCAAAUUUGGAGACCAUUUUGUUUCUUCAACAUGCCUUUUUUGGAGUCCAUGUGAAUAUGGGCAAAAACCUUGAUUCUUUUGUGUUUCUUCCCAACAAAAUGGAUUUGAGGAUUUCAAACCUAUUUACCACAAUCAGGUUCAUUUUUAAAAAAAUAAUAAUAAUUAAAACUCUAGGUUGCAACAAAAGAGCCAAAGACCAAAUGUUACGAUUGCCAGUUGUGAAGCACAGAAGUUUUUAAUGGAUGGAUGUUUUUCUUUUCCUUUUUCUGGCCAGGCCUCAAUCCUGCUGGGUGCUGAUUACCUCUUACGAGAACCGCGUUAUCUCCAUCCUGAAUCAGCAGUGCUCAGCACUUGGGCGGAAUUGAGACCUUCCUUGAGCUACUUGCCAUUCCCUCUCCCACUUGUUGCUCUCGAAAGCUUCUGCUGCUGCCUAUCCGUACUUGCUGUUGCUGGAGCUGAACCCUCUUGUUUUAGAAAAGAAUUUCAUGAAGCCUCUUGCCUCAGGGAAACGUUAAGUGGUGAUUUCAUCCCUCCUAAUUUCACUGCCCCUCCCUUUUUCUUUUGCAUUUAAGAAGUGAGAGGAUUUAAUCAAGGAGAGCCAUGGCAGGGCAAGAUCUAGCAGGUGGGGGGGUGGGAUUAGAAUAGGGCACCAGGGUGUGUGUGUGUGUGUGUGUGUGUGUGUGUGUGUGUCUCCCUUUCUCUGCCUUGGCUUUGACCAUUUUGGGGGAGGGGGAGAUUUAGUUUAUGGUGGGCAUUUGCGCCACCAGAUGGCACUUAAAAACUUAGAGGAGCAGUUUCUUUGUGCGUGGGAAGAGCUGCAAUUUAUUUUUGUGUGUGUUGGGGGGGCUUUUUAGGUAACGAGGAAGAUGGAGGUGACCUUUAAAAUGGCUAAUCUUGUAUACAGCAACUGAAUAAAAAUGGUUUUGCAGUUUCCAAAA